UUUGUUGCAAUCGGCGUUCCAAUGAAGUUAGUAGAAACGUAGAACUAGUUCUGUGAUCAUUGUAUUAUAAUUUACGUAAACGAGAAGUAAUAAAGUUCAGAUAAACUUUGACACGGAAGCCUUUUUAUCGAAGCACCAUGCCUCUCCAUCGUUAUACUCAUGCAGUUCUAUGUAGAAUUCCUCUUUCGCUUCGUACAAGAGGCGAGGUCACAUUAGACGAAGCUAGAACUCAACAUUUGGCACUUGCUCAGCUUCUACGAGAACUCGACAUCGACGUUGUUGAAAUGCCACCAGAUGAAAAUUCACCGCUCUGUGUUUUUGUCGAAGAUAUCGCAGUUGUGUGCAAUGGUAUUGCACUUAUAGCACGGCCCAAUGAACCAUCGCGCCUAAAAGAGAUUGAGACAAUUAGAGCUGUUCUAAAGAAGGAAUUGGAAAUUCCACUUAUAGAAAUAGCUGACAAAAAUGCUCGUCUAGAUGGAGGAGAUGUUUUAUUUACUGGUCGUGAAUUUUUUGUUGGAUUGUCUCAUUAUACUAAUGAAGCAGGUGCAAGAGCAGUUGCAGCAGCAUUCCCAGAAUAUCCAUGUGUACCUAUUAAGGUUGCUGAAUCCAAGCGUCUUAAAGGUUUAGUUACAAUGGCUGGCCCUGAUAUUAUCUGUGUAGGUGCUGGAAAAGAAUCUCAAGAAGUCCUGAAGAGAAUUGAGAGGGAAGCAACUUAUAGUUACCAAACAUUAACUGUGCCUGAAGAUGCUGCAGCGAAUGUACUUUAUGUUAAUGGAACUCUAAUUCAUAGAUCAGAAGAUGAGAUUCCACAAUCAAGUAAAGUUUUUGCAGAAAAAAUUGAGUUUCCAACCAGAUCCUUACGUAUGUCUGAAUUAGCAAAGGUUAGUUCUGGUUUAACUUCUUGUUGUUUACUGGUGCGUAGACCCAGACAUAUUCGCAGUAUUUAAGCUACGGAAUGAAGAGCAGAAACCUAUGACAACCUAGCAAACGUGUUAAAUUGCUAGGAUCAUAUAUUGAUGUGAACCAUAAAAUCAAGAAUUUAAAUAUUUCUAAUAGGAAAUAUUACCAAAAUGCUGUGCAAAAAACUAUAAUAUUGACGUAGCACGUACGUCACUCCAAAACUCUAAUAACUACUUCAAUGAACAGAAAGAUUAUUUUGUAAUUAUUUUAUAAAAAGAUUAUCUUAAUAUAAAAGAGAUUUUAUAAUUAAGAAGAUUAAUAUAUUUGAUUUUAACGUAUUUACAGUAGAGAUAAUAUAUUGAGACUUUAUUUACCUAAUUUGUAGAUUUAUAUCACAUGAAGUCAUAAUUUCUAUCUUGCCAUUUAUAUAAUAUUUCUUUUUUUGAUAUGUUUCAAUUUUGAUUAUGACAGCAUUUAUAAAUACAUAUUUUUUAUAUUUUCAUGAUUUCAAACCUAUUUUAUGA